AGCUUUUGCAGCCCAGGGCCGGCGGAAGGGGCCGCGGAGGGCCGGCGCCACUGCUCCCCCCUCGCGCCCUGCGGGGCGAUGCCGGCGGACGCGCCACGUUCGUUGUUCGAGGUCCUCGCCCGCCUCGCGGCCGAGUCGGGGCACGUCGCGGCCUCCCUGGACGACGUCCACCGCGGGAGCGGCGGGCUCAGCGCGAGGCUCACGUACGGGGAGCUCCACGCCGCGGCCGCGCGGCUGGCCGGGGCGGUCGGCACGUGCCUGGAGGCGGGCGGGGGCGGCGCCGCGGUCGCCACGCGCAUGCGCAGGGGCAACGAGUGGUACGCGGUGUUCUUCGCGGCAGCCAAGCUGCAGGUGCCCCUGGUGGCCCUGAGCGUGGACCUCCCCGACAAGGCGGCCGAGAACGGCCGCAACGCGGAGAUCCUCUCGGAGCACAGGCCCCUGCUGCUCAUCACGGACGACUCGGACCUGGACGGCACCCUCACAGAGCUCGGGUGCGCGGCCAUGAGGAGCUCGUGGGCGGAGCACACAUCAUCACACGGGGCGUUCCAAAAAGGGC